GGCUUCAUGGAGAACGGCGUGGCUCCUGAGCAGAAAGAAUCCAAAAGGGAAGCACAGAGGAAUAAAGAAGGGGCAGAAAAUGUGCCAGCUGCUCCAGCACAAAGCCAGCCAACACCACACCCUCCCCGGAUUAGACCAAGGUUGGUGUUUCACACUCAGCUGGCACAUGGCAGCUCAACAGAAAAGAUUGAAGGCUUUACCAAUGUCAAGGAGCUUUAUGCUAAAAUUGCAGAGGUGUUUAACAUCUCUCCAACAGAGAUCUUGUUUUGUACUUUGAAUACGCACAAAGUAGACAUGCAGAAGUUGUUGGGUGGCCAAAUUGGGCUGGAGGAUUUUAUCUUCGCUCACGUCAGAGGUGAAACAAAAGAGGUAGAGAUAACCAAGACUGAAGAUGCCCUAGGCCUAACCAUCACUGACAAUGGGGCUGGAUAUGCUUUUAUUAAGAGGAUUAAGGAAGGCAGCAUUACCGACAGACUGAAAAUUGUGAAUGUGGGUGACAUCAUAGAAGCCAUAAAUGAUCAGACUAUUGUGGGAUGCCGGCACUAUGAAGUUGCCAAGAUGUUGAGAGAGCUUCCAAAAUCAGAGACAUUCACCCUGCGACUGGUCCACCCAAAGCGUGCUUUUGAUAUGAUUGGACAGAGAGGCAGAUCCAGCAAGUGCUCAACUGAAAGUAAAGUGUCAAGUGGUAAAGAAACUCUCCGCCUGCGAAACAAAGGCAUGGCCACCGUGGAGGAAGUGCCGAGUGAAGUAGAGGAAGAGGCAUCAUGCAAAGUGGACGACUUGUUAGAAAGCUACAUGGGUAUCCGAGAUGUUGAUUUGGCUUCAACGUUGGUUGAGAUUGCCAAAGAGAAGCAAAAUCCAGAAGAGUUUGGCCGGGGACUGGACUCUGUGUUGGGCGAGUUUGCUUUCCCAUCAGAAUUUGUUCUAGAGGUGUGGGAUGCCAUUCAUCAGGCAGAAAACUAAAUCAUUUAUUUCAUUAUUGCACUCUGUCCAGUUUCUUUUGAGACUCACUUUUCACCUUCACAGCGGAAAAGAAUCCUUCAUGGAAUGUAUUUUUGUCUGUUGACUGUUCUUUGUUUAACAUAGCAUAAUAACUGUGAAAGGAUUAAGCAGCCAUUUGAAAGAUUAGUGAUUCGUGACUCUUUCAUGUUCUGAGAAUCAACUACAAUAUAAAUUACUAACAGGAAUAAAGCAAAAGUCAAGAGAUCUAAAUUUAUAUAACAUAUAUAAACAGAAUCAAAUGUGUUUAGAACACACAUGCCUAACAAACUGUGCAAUAAAAUACCUUGUUUCUUCAUUAAGUCUGUUAAAGUAAUAGUUAAAUUCAGUUAAGCCUAAAAUGUAUUAUUUUCAAGUUUGUAGGAUGCCUAGUUUUUCUUAGUGCUCAAAAACUGCACUGUUUUUAACUUAUUAUUGUUAAGCCCCUGAGCCAUUCUGCCCAUAUAGUUUGUAUGAACACACAGGGUAUCUGCAACAUCCUAUUUAUGACAGUCCAAUCCAAGUUAAGUUAUACCACACCACUGCCCCUUUAUUACUUUCUGUGUUGCUGCUGUUUCCAAGUCCUGACAGCCAGCACUUUAUGUGUAGUAUCUCUGCCAAAAUAGUCACAGCAAUGCAAUUACUGGUACAUAUUAGUACGUGCUGAUCCAGACAUCAUAACCAAGAGUUAAAAGCAGAGGCAUUCAGGGAGAGGAAUGGCAUAACGUAAGUUAUAACAGUGCUGUAUAGCAUCCUGUCUAUACAAACUAUGGUUCUGGUUCUCUUUUAAUCAGAUCCCAUUCAGUGAAAAGGUAAUGUAAUACAGUUGCUAAGUUUGUAACUGGUCUGAUAAAUUACCUGGUACCAUAUAUUGGUCAACUGUUUAAAAGCAAAAACCUGGUUGCUAUGGGUAACUAGACCUGGUACAAAUGUCACAACUUUUAGGGGAGGAAUGACACCAUGGGCCUCCAUUUAUGUUGUUAGCAGCGUUUUUGAGUAAUAGUGUUUCCUUAACACAAUUUAUUUAUGCUGUGUCAUAUCAAUGUAUUUUUUAAUAUUGCUGUGGUAUUAAUGCAUUAAUCUCAGACACUAUUUUUGUGUAUUAAGCCUGAUGUUUUGAGUUUAUUAAAAAAUAAAUUGUGUCAAUUAGCACUGAGAACUGCAAAAUAAAACACUGAGUUCAAAUUA